UGACAAUUUGACAAUUUGACAUAUUGAACACCACACUCCACACCAGAAGGCCCAUUUAAUUUUUCUUAACAAAGAUAUAUACCCCCGAGUUAAACCAUCCAGAUACCACACAAUGUCCCUCCUAGUCGACAAACACCGUCCUAAAGACCUUACACAGCUCACCUACCACUAUGACCUCACCAAACGGCUAGAAGCACUGGCCCAAUCCCCCGACUUCCCCCACCUCCUCAUCUACGGCCCCUCUGGCGCCGGCAAAAAGACCCGCAUCAACUGCACCCUCCGCGCCCUCUACGGCCCCUCGGUCAGCAAGAUCCGCAUCGACUCCCGCCAGUUCGUCACCUCCUCCAACCGCAAGCUCGACUUCACCAUUGCCUCCUCCAACCAGCACCUGGAAAUAACCCCAGCCGACGUCGGCCCCCACGACCGCGUCAUCGUACAGGAUCUUCUGAAGGAGGUCGCGCAGACGCAGUCGGUCGACCUGAGCGCGCGCCACCGGUUCAAGGUCGUCGUGGUCAAUGAGGCGGAAUAUCUGAGUCGCGAGGCGCAGGCGGCGCUGCGGCGCACGAUGGAGAAAUAUUCGGGGAACGUGAGGAUGAUUCUGGUUGCGAAUAGUACGGCGAAUAUCAUUGCGCCGAUUCGGUCGAGGUGUUUGUUGGUUAGGGUGGCGGCACCGACGGGGGAGGACGUCGUGGGGGUGUUGAAGGAGGUGGGGAGGAAGGAGGGGUGGAAGGAGAGUGGAGGGCUGAAUGAGCGGAUUGCGGGGGAGUGUGGGAGGAAUUUGCGUAGAGCGCUGUUGAUGUUUGAGGCGGUGUAUGCACAGAAUGAGACUGUCACCGACACCACACCGAUCCCUCCCCCCGACUGGGAAGCGUUCAUCGAGCAAAUCGCAGCCGACAUCGUCGCGGAACGAUCCCCCCAGCAGAUCAUGGUGGUGCGCGGGAAGCUCUACGACCUCCUUGUGCACUGCAUCCCAGCGACGCAAGUCAUCAAGUCGCUCGCCUUCCGGCUGAUUCCGAAGGUGGCGCCAGAGCUGCGACCCGAGGUGAUCAAGUGGGCGGCGUUCUACGAGCACCGGGUGAAGAUGGGAAGCAAACAAAUCUUCCAUCUAGAGGCGUUCGUGACCAAGGUUAUGAGGUUGAUUGAGAGCCACAUGAUGGGCAUCGAUAUUGAUUUCUAAUGAUACAGACCGACGACACCGUUUCAGCCCCGUUCCCAUGAAGAAGAGCGCCUGCGUACAAGGCUGGCGAUGACUGGCUCCGGCUUCGGUCAGAAAAACGUUAAUGACCGGCGCAAAUACACCGCACGAAAACGAUCGUGGAUGGUCGAUAGAUGCGAACGAUGCUAUUAUGGCUAGCUAUCCAAUCAUACAUUCGCAGUAUACCCAUGGGAGGGUAGACGCCAUUAAUGUAUGUUAUGCAAAUAAUGAAUCGGGGAACCCCGAGUCUCUGAAUGCAACCUU